UACGUUCGUUCACAUGGUUCUCCGCGGGCGACUCGGUGGGAUUUUACAUCGAGCACGUUUUUUGUUUUUGUGUUUUUCUAUGGAUUGGAGAUAUUUUAAAUUGUUAACGUAGACUUAUUUCGCACGAGGAUUACGGGAGCGACGUUCAUUUUAAUUUAAGUCGUCCCGAUCGCUUAAUUGGCCUUUCUUUUUUCUUUACUCGGGUCGAGUCGAUUAAGCCUAAGUCGUAUUAAAGGUGCCAACGUGGUCGCUCUCGCUCGUUUACGUCGAUUUCGUUUCGAAGAAUAAUUCGGUUCUAUCGUCAUGUCGUCGGGAUACAAUUUAGAAGAAUCGAACGCCGACAGAAAUGUGGAAAUCUGGAAAAUUAAAAAGUUAAUCAAAAGUCUAGAAGCUGCCAGAGGGAAUGGCACAAGCAUGAUUUCCCUCAUUAUUCCUCCUAAAGAUCAAAUAUCAAGAGUAUCGAAAAUGCUUGCGGAUGAAUUCGGUACAGCUUCAAAUAUAAAAAGUAGAGUAAAUAGAUUAUCUGUAUUAGGAGCUAUAACGUCUGUCCAGCAUAGGUUGAAAUUAUAUACUAAAGUGCCACCAAAUGGACUUGUAAUAUAUUGUGGAACUAUUGUUACAGAAGAAGGAAAAGAGAAGAAAGUGAAUAUUGAUUUUGAGCCAUUCAAACCAAUCAAUACUUCUUUGUAUUUAUGUGACAAUAAAUUUCAUACAGAGGCUUUAUCAGCUCUUUUGGCAGAUGAUAAUAAAUUUGGGUUUAUUGUAAUGGAUGGUAGUGGUGCUUUAUUUGGCACUCUUCAAGGUAAUACAAGAGAAGUUUUACAUAAGUUUACAGUUGAUCUACCUAAAAAGCAUGGACGUGGCGGUCAGUCUGCUUUGAGAUUUGCAAGGUUAAGGAUGGAAAAGAGGCAUAAUUACGUACGUAAAGUGGCAGAAGUUGCGACGCAGUUAUUUAUUACUAACGACAAACCAAACAUAGCCGGAUUGAUUCUAGCGGGUUCUGCCGAUUUUAAAACAGAAUUAAGUCAGUCGGAUAUGUUCGAUCCAAGGUUACAAAUUAAAGUUUUAAAGUUAGUAGACGUUUCGUACGGUGGAGAAAAUGGUUUUAAUCAAGCCAUUGAAUUAUCUGCAGAAAUUCUUUCUAGUGUUAAAUUUAUUCAGGAAAAAAAACUUAUCGGGCGUUAUUUUGACGAAAUAUCGCAAGAUACUGGGAAGUAUUGUUUUGGUGUAGACGAUACGUUAAGAGCUUUAGAAAUGGGCUCGGUGGAAAUUCUUAUAGCUUGGGAAAAUCUAGACAUAGUUCGUUAUGUAUUAAAAAAUCAUACUACGGACGAGGAAAAGAUAAUACAUCUUACGCCGGAACAAGAAAAAGACAAAACGCAUUUUACGGAUAAAGAAACCGGUGUAGAAUUGGAAUUAAUAGACUCCAUGCCACUAUUGGAAUGGUUAGCAAACAAUUAUAAGAAUUUCGGAGCGACUUUGGAAAUUAUCACGGACAGAUCGCAAGAAGGCUCUCAGUACGUCAAAGGUUUCGGAGGAAUCGGAGGAAUACUGAGAUACAGAGUGGACUUUCAGACGCUGGAAGCUCUGGACGGCGUGGACGACUUCGACCUGGACGAUUUGUAACUCCAUUUUUGUACGGCGGACGACAAAAUUCGGCCCGGCAACGGAGACCACCCGACCUACUCGGAGCGCCCGCCCGGGCCUCUGCUCUUUUAUAAGAAGGACCCGGCCGCGCGGGCCGGCUCGAUAAUAAAAUGGUGCAAUCGUUUCGUUUAA